UUCCAGAUUGCGGUGCAGGGCUGCUCGCACGGCAGCCUCUCGGCCAUCUAUGACACUGUUGCCGAAUACACCAAGCGCAAGGGCGAGACAGUGGAUCUGUUGCUGCUAUGCGGAGACUUCCAGGCGCUGCGCAACACGCACGACUUUGCUAGUCUCGCCGUCCCGCCCAAAUAUCAUGCGCUUGGCACGUUUCACGAGUACUACUCCGGCGCGCGAGUUGCGCCGGUGCUCACCCUUGUGAUUGGGGGCAACCACGAGGCCAGCAACUACAUGUGGGAGCUGUACCACGGCGGCUGGCUCGCGCCCAACAUUUACUACCUGGGAUGCGCAGGGAGUGUUAUGGUCAACGGUCUGCGCAUCAUCGGUGCCAGCGGUAUCUACAAGGAGCACGACUACCGCAAGGGCCACUUCGAGAAGGUGCCGUACACGCCGUCGACGCUGCGGUCGGUGUAUCACAUCCGGAAGUACGACGUCGAGAAGUUGAGUCACCUCCCUCCCGGGGUGCCGACGAUCUUUAUGAGCCACGACUGGCCAGUUGGUAUCGCCCAUCACGGGAACACUCGCGCAUUGCUGCAGCGCAAGAAGUUCUUCCGCGAAGAGGUGGAGAAUAAUACACUAGGGUCGCCACCGCUUCUCGAACUGCUCAAGACCAUUCAGCCGGAUUACUGGUUCGCUGCGCAUUUGCAUGUCAAGUUUGCGGCAUUAUACGAGCACUCCCCAGAAAAACAGAAGGCAGACGCGCAGUCGGUGAGAAAGGAGAUCACGGAGGUGAGGAAGGAGCUGGAAAAGGUUGAGGUUGCGGAGCCCGAAGAGGAACGAGGGUCGGGGUACGACGGCGUCGACGUGGGUGGGAGACAUGCCAACCCCGACGAGAUUGCGAUCUCGGACGACGACGGCGACGUUUCAUCACCUACAAAGCACGUGGCGAACCCAGACGAGAUCGCCAUCUCGGACGAUGACGACGGCGAGUCACUGGCCAAGGACGAGGGCAAUCCCGACGAAAUCGCAAUUUCAGACGGCGAGGGCGACGGAGGCGAGACACCAAACGCGCCCAGGGAAAAUCCCGACGAGAUCGCCGUGUCGCUGUCAGACGAGGAGCUAGAAGGCGAGCUGGAAGCGGCGCUCGCGCAGACGUUAUCGCCAAGCUCACAAGAUUCGGCAACACGAGAACGGUCUCCAGCAUCCACUUCCGCGGCGCCAACAUCACCGGCUGAGCCUAAACCACCUUCGACCACCCGCUUCCUGGCGCUGGACAAGUGCGGGCCAGGAAAGGAGUUCAUCCAGUUCCUUGACAUACCCGCGCCGCAGGAGCAGUCACCGCCACGCUUUACAUACGACCCUCACUGGUUGGCGAUUACGCGCGCCCUCCACCCCUACCUCAGCCUGGACUUCUAUGGCUCGAUUCCUCCACGGGAAGAGCAGGAGGCGCUGGUGGCCGACGAGCUCGUCCGCAUCAAGCAGGAAGGCGUGCUUGUGCCGGAGGACGAGUCAGAUCCUCUACCACAUUGCACGCCGCUCGACUGGGAAAGCGCGGACGAUAUCGAGGUCGGCCGCGUUCAGCAGUUCUGGCCCACUGCGCCGGCAUACCCUGGCGGCGAGCCUGGGCAAUGGUAUACCAACCCGCAGACGGAAGCGUUCUGCGGCAUGCUUGGGAUACAGAACAAGGUGAACCCACGUCCAGUGCUGCGAUAG